UACAUUUACACUUACACAUUUUUUGCAUCGGUAUCCUCUAUAUUACAAAUACAAAUUACUAAUAGUAGUAAUAGCUUCUUCUAUAUGUCUUCAAAUAUUUUACUAAAGCUAUUCCUCCUUAUUUCUCUUCUCAAUUUAAGCUCAGCAACAACAAAGCUAACACAAAACGACCAACCAUUAAAGUUCCAAUACCACAAUGGUCCUCUUCUGACCGGUAAAAUCUCCAUCAAUCUAAUAUGGUACGGUAAAUUCAACGUUUCCCAACGAGCAAUAAUCUCUAAUUUCAUUAAUUCUAUUUUCACACCCAUCAAAGCCCAACCAUCCGUCGCCACGUGGUGGAAAAUCAUAGAAACAUACUAUCAUCUCACAAAAACACCAAUAGUAACCCUCACAAUGGGUUCACAAAUCCUAGACCAAAAUUACUCGUUGGGAAAAUCACUCACCAAUGAUCAAAUCAUAAAGCUAGCAUCCAAAGGUCCACAACAAAACUCAAUUAACGUGGUCCUAACUUCCGCUGACGUGGCAGUUGAUAAGUUUUGUACCAGUAAGUGUGGGACUCAUGGUUCUUCAGUGGGUAAACAAAAGAGUAAAAACUUUGCUUACGUGUGGGUUGGUAAUUCGGAGACACAAUGUCCAGGUCAAUGCGCGUGGCCCUUUCACCAACCUAUUUAUGGCCCUCAAGGUCCACCUUUGGUUGCGCCCAAUAACGAUGUGGGCCUUGACGGUAUGGUGAUUAAUGUGGCUAGUUUAUUGGCUGCGACCGUUACAAACCCAUUUGGAAAUGGGUACUUUCAAGGGCCCAAAGAAGCACCUUUGGAAGCUGGUUCGACUUGUACUGGAGUUUUUGGCGAAGGGGCUUACCCUGGAUAUGCUGGGAAUGUCUUGGUGGAUCGCAAAAGUGGUGCUAGUUAUAAUGCUAAUGGUGUUAAUGGAAAGAAAUUUUUGUUGCCUGCAUUGUAUGAUCCCACAACCUCAAAGUGUUCUACUCUAGUGUAAUGUAUACAAUAGAAUAGAACAAAUAAUAAAUUAUGGAAAUUGUAACUUAAUCCUAGUGAUGAUUAAGCAAAUAUAAUAUUUCUAUUAUUAUAAAAAAUUUUGUUUUUACUAUC